CACAGUCACAUUUAGUCUAAUUAUUAUCUUGAAAUUUUGGAAAAAUAAGAUAAGAUUUUUCGGAGAUUUGUUUUUGGCAAUUUCCUUAGGCUCCAUAUAAAUAUACCUUGUAUGGCAGUAAAUCACACUAUUCUCCAUACGAGAGUAAAACGAUUCGAAUCAUGAAAUUGAUUGCUAUUCUGGGACUUGUUGGCAUGUGUGCCAUGGGAUCUUUGGCCUUGGUGGUACCUCCAACAGCAGUGGAAGCCGGAGCAAAGAAUUCGGUUGUUGUCAUCCCCACACCACCUCCAGCUCCCACCAUGGGCCAGGACUUGGAUGAAAUAAUACGCAUGGUGAACUUUAUGCAGAUACAACAACUUAUGCACCGCUAUCUACUCAACGAUGCCGAAUUCCAGUCAUUUGUGCGCAUUAUCAACUCCCAAGAUGCCUACCUCACAUACAUGCGUUUCCGUUCUCAACCCGAAGUUAUGGCUUUCAUUACCUGGGUAAAUGCUCAAAUCAUGGCUUCAGGCGGUGAAUUCCAAAUGGAAGAAUUCGAGGAGCCAUUGUCCAUCCGUAACACCUCUCCAUUCUGGGCUAAUACCGUCUUCGGUUGGCAAGGAUUUAUCAGCGAAUUCAUGCUCUACUAUCCAGCAAAUAUGAUCAGUGUACAUGUCAACAUGAAGGUGGCCCAAAACGGUAUUUUCACCCAAUUCUGGCAACGUUUGAAUGCCUUGAGGCCAGUGUAUGAACGUGUGAUUAUGGCCCCUGAAGCUCAACGUGUAGCUGCUGCACUCCAACUCCACGGCAUUGAUAUUGUCCAAUUGGAUACUUUCAUUCGCGAUCAGUUUGGUUGGCAAGUACCACCAACUCUUGCACCCGCUGCUCCCACCACCACCGCAGCAGCCCCUGGUGCUCCUGUCGUUCCUGAAAGCUCAUCCACCGCUGCAGUCGUUGAACCCUCGGCGGCUGUUCCUGUUGAUCCUGUAGCUCCCGUUGAUCCAGUGGCUCCCGUUGAUCCUGCAGCUCCCGUUGAUCCUGUGGCUCCCGUUGAUCCUGUAGCUCCUGUUGCAUAAUAUUUUUAGCAAUUAUUCUAAAUUAUAAUUAUGCUUAAA